AUGUUGAAGAUCCGAGACUUUGAGUUUGCGAAAGUCGUGGGGGAGGGCGCCUUUGGGAAAGUGUAUCUGGUGAAGCUUAAGAGCAAUCCGUCCACUGUGUUUGCAAUAAAGAUGCUUGAGUUUGACGAGAUCCUCAAGCAAAGGCUGGCAGAUCAACUUGAAAACGAGAUCUCCAUCCUGAAGAGGCUUUACGGGUGUCCAUUUGUUGCGAAGCUAUACUCGACUGACUUCUAUUGCGGGAAGGUGGGACUUAUCUUGGAGUAUGUUGGAGGAGGAGAGCUGUUUUACUGGCUCAAGAAGUGUGGGAGGUUUGACGAGAACAUGACACGGUUUUAUGCGGCAGAGAUUAUUUCCGCCCUAAGAUUUAUACACGGAAAAGGCAUACUUUAUAGGGACUUGAAGCCUGAGAAUAUAUUGAUUACGUCUUCUGGGCAUAUAAAGUUGAUUGAUUUUGGAUUUGCUGUUUAUGAAAAUGAGAGUAUAUACAUGAUUUCAGGAACACCAGAAUACAUGUCUCCGGAAAAGCUGAGGAGUGAGGAUGACGGGCGUGCAAGUGACUACUGGGGGCUUGGAAUCAUAAUUUAUGAGAUGCUGUGUGGGGACCCGCCGUUUUACGAUGCAAGCGCCGACACUAUCUACCAUAAGAUACUUGAGUCCCAGAUCACCUUUCCUUCCUAUGUGAGUCCUGUGGCAAGGAGCUUGAUAUCAGGACUGCUGGACAAGAGUAGGGCAACUAGGCUGGGAGCCAAGGGAAUAUACGAGAUAAUGGGGCAUCCUUUUUUCAAAGAAAUAGAUUGGAGUAAGAUUGAGAGCAAGAGGAUAUCGCCUCCAUUUGUUCCAAGUCCAAACAUCGUUAUGAGCUUCUUGGACGGCAGUACCAAGGCUAAAGAUAUAAGCAAAAUUGAAACAGUUGUUAUGAAGCCAUACAAGCACAUUAAGCACUUUCAGAGAGAUCAAACUUCAAAAAGAUUGUAA